UCACAGAAUGUGAUGCUCUGUGUGGUUUCUCCCCUUUUUUCACUGCUCUUAGGUGGAGCGAUGGCGCUAGCGGCGAUGGCGCCUAGGGUUUGGCGUGCCUGAGCUUGGAGGAGGACGGCGGUAGCGCCGCCGGCGGCACGCGUCGAGGUUCGUUUGUCUGCCCUGAUUUCGUGGCGGGGGAGGAGGAGGAGGAGGAACAAGCACAGGAGGAGGAGCAAGGGAAGCUAGGCGCUGCACGAUUCUUUUCCGGCGCUGCCUUUUUGCCGGCAGCGCUCGAAAUUUCGGGAGGGAUUGAUCGUUCGAUGGCUACUGAGAGCCCGGUGAGACUGAUGCCAGGAGGAAGCUUGAGUAAUGGCAUUCGCACCUCCGGGGCCCCGGCUCCGUCACUCGACUCAGAGCUCUCCAUGCUGCUCAAGGAGCGAUCGCGCUACGAGAGCAUGGUGAAUGGCGACGUUCUCAUGCACAGGAGUGAGAGUGCUCCGCCGAGUGUGGAGGGGUCCUUGGCGGCGGUCAGUGGGUUACUGGAUCCGAGCAGCUUUGGCCCCGGAAGGAUUUCCAAGGGACUGGCCGAGAGGGAAGAAAGCUACGAGAGCGAGGAGCAAUUGCGCUCGGAUCCUGCCUACCUUGCGUACUACAACUCGCACAUAAACUUGAAUCCCAGGCUGCCACCACCGAUUAUCUCGUGGGACAACUUGAGGCUGGCUCAGCGCCUCGCCGGUGGAAACAAAGAUAGCAACUGGAAGCUGAGAUCUUUCGACGACAACAAUAGCAGGUCCUUGUUCGCGUCGCAGCCAAUAAUGCCCGAGGACUCGUUGGAACAUGUUGAGGACGACCCAGAGCAGCACAAGGCAGCGCUAGAGGGAGCUUUGGGCCAUGGGUUUGGAGCCCAUGGCAGAAGCUUAGUCGAUCUCAUUCAGCAAGAUUUUCCUCGAACACCAUCACCUGUGUACAGUUACAACCACGAUGGCAAAGAGGAUAGCUCGUCCAACAUGUCCAACGUAGAGAUGCAACUAAUGCAUUUGCAGGAGAUGUCGCACUUGGAUUCCUCUCAAGUGGUUCCAGAGUCAAGUGGCCGUCAUAGUCCGUUUCCCCCGAAACGUAGCCCGUCUGCUGAGCCGACCGUCUCCGGGGACCAACUAGGAAGUAUAGGCAUGGGGAACGCUGUAAAAAGAUCCGGAAGCUCGAACGCGAUCGACCUUGGCGCAGCACUUCAAGGCUUGAGCAUGCAAGAGUCAACUAAUUUCGACACUGUACAGCAGCAGCAGUCCCAGCGUGACAAGGGAGGAGACCAACACAGUCAAAUGCGAUAUCGCCAGCAGCAGCAUCAGCAUCAGCGACGCUCUCAGCGUGCACCUGUACAGCAGCCUUCGUCACAAACGUACACGGAAUUUCUCGAGGAUCAGAUGCAGCAGUUUGGCCUUUCCAACGAGGCCGGAACGGCGCCGCCUCUUCAGCCUGGAAGUUCGAACUCCAACGCGUUUGCCGCCGCCGCCGCCGCCGCAGCCAUGUCGUAUAUAGCUGCUGGAAAUCCUUACUACCAGAACUUGCAGUCCGUCUACGGCCAACAACAGUAUGGUUUAAGUGGUUAUCAGUCGACUCCACUUAUGGGAGGCACGUACUCGUCUCCAAACGCUUUGUUCGACAACGCAGCAGCGAGGCUCAGUGCACGGUCGGCACUGGCAGGUGCCUCUGGUGGCAUCGACAGGCAGCAAUUGUACAAAUAUGCUCAGCAGCAGCAGCAGCAGCAGCAGCAGCAGCAAGUUGAUGGCGGGGUUUCGUCGAGCUCGCUUCAGGAGGCUCUAUAUCUGCAGUAUCUGCAACGUGCUGCGGACGAAGUUGCUUUGCGCAAUUAUUUGCAGUCCGAAUCUUCCGACCUGGGAUACAUUGGGGAUCACAAGCAUCAUUUUGGUAGGAGUGCUUCUUCUAGCUCACUGAAGCCGAAUCCUUUGUACUACGGGGGGCGGACUGUUCCACCGUAUUACUCGUCACUCGGCUCGACCUCGGCUUCAUCAAGCGUUCUUCAUCGCGAAGCACUGGCGUCUCUGCGAUCGGGUCUAAAUUAUGGCUGGCAGCGUGGAAGUGAUCUGGGUGACGACAUCAGAGGAUCUGUUCUUUUGGAAGAGUUUAAGAGCAGUAAAAGCCGCCGGUUCGAGCUCUCCGACAUUGCGGGACACGUUGUGGAAUUCAGUGCCGAUCAACACGGUAGCCGUUUCAUUCAGCAAAAGCUGGAGGCCGCGACUGCGGAGGAGAAAGCCAUGGUCUUUGACGAGGUUCUGCCUCAGGCGUUUACACUCAUGACAGAUGUUUUCGGAAACUAUGUGAUCCAGAAGUUUUUUGAACAUGGCAACUCUCAGCAGCGCAGAGAGCUUGCAAAUUUACUCGUUGGUCAUAUGUUGGAGCUAAGCUUGCAGAUGUAUGGCUGUCGUGUCAUACAAAAGGCAUUGGAGGUCUGUGAUGUGGACCAACAAACUCAACUCGUAGUAGAACUGGAUGGGCAUGUCAUGCGAUGUGUGCGAGACCAAAACGGGAAUCAUGUCAUUCAGAAAUGUAUUGAAUGUGUCCCGCCGGACAAAAUACAGUUUAUCAUAUCCGCGUUCUAUGGUCAAGUACUCGUCCUCUCGACUCAUCCGUAUGGAUGCCGGGUGAUUCAGAGAGUUCUGGAGCACUGUACAGACGAUCAGAAACAGGCAGGAAUCAUGGAAGAAAUCCUGGGCGCCACCUGCAGUCUAGCCCAGGAUCAGUAUGGGAAUUACGUAAUUCAGCACGUUUUGGAACAUGGGAAACCCCAUGAGAGGAGCGAGAUAAUAACUAAGCUGGCCGGGCAGAUUGUACAGAUGAGCCAGCACAAGUUCGCUUCGAAUGUAGUGGAGAAGUGCCUAGAGUUUGGGGGGCCGGCGGAGCGGCAAAUUUUGGUGGAUGAGAUGCUUGGCACCACGGACGAGAACGCGCCAUUACAGGCGAUGAUGAAGGACCAGUUUGCAAACUACGUGGUGCAAAAGGUUUUGGAGACUUGCAGUGACCAGCAACGAGAGAUGCUCCUGGGUCGUAUCAAAGUCCACCUCCACGCUCUAAAAAAGUACACUUAUGGCAAGCACAUCGUUGCGCGGGUGGAGAAGCUCGUGGCUGCUGGAGAGAGGCGUGGCGCUGCUGCUCACGCGACGAUCUAAGCGAGCGAGAAAUCGUCACACCAAACAGGCACAGCAAAAGUUUUCCUCUUGCAACUAAAGUGUAAAUUUGUGUUCUCUGUUGUGUUGUUUGCAGACGUAAAUAGUGUAAUAACUUUUGUACCCUGUGGAGGAUGGGGAGAAGAAAUGAGAAGAGAAGAGAGAAGUAAAGAAGAAGAAGAAGACCAGAGUGGUAGCACUGUAACGGGACGUCCUUUCUAACGUUCUUUAUUUAUGUUGGUAAUUUUGUC